GACAAUCUGUGGGGCAUUUGUAAAGAAGCGACUUUACUGGCACUACACCGCUGAGACUUACACAGAAAGCAAGUCCCCUGCAACGGGGAAGCGCUCUCCUUUUGUGACGUCUCUACAUUAUAUUGUAUCUCAAUCAAACACCACAAGCAGUUAUAUUUUUUAACCUGACGGCUUGACAGAUAGUAGUUGUUUGCUGAAACACUUUGUGUGAAACGAAUUUAUCUUAUUCAAUAAGUCUCAAAGGUAUAGCUGUUUAUAGAUUGAUAGUUGGAAAACAGCGUGAGUGUGUGUGACCUUGACACACACUCACAAAAUAUGGCUGAUAAAUGGCCCAACACGAAGGAUGCUUUUGAGCUGAGAGAUGUUAUCGGUGCAGGAGCUACUGCAGUGGUGCAAGCUGCGUAUUGCCGCCCUAGGAACGAAAAGAUUGCCAUCAAACGUAUCAAUUUAGAAAAAUGCAAUACAUCUUUAGAAGAAUUGCUGAAAGAAAUUCAGGCUAUGAGCCACUGUAAACACGAGAAUGUGGUUGCCUAUUACACAUCAUUUGUAGUGAAAGAAGAACUGUGGGUUGUUAUGAAGUUGUGUGGAGGUUCAAUGUUAGAUAUAAUUAAGAAUCGUAUGAAGUCAGCCAGCUGUAAAAAUGGAGUGCUUGAUGAAGUUUCUAUUGCCACUGUAAUGAAGGAGGUUUUGAAAGGUUUGGAUUAUUUCCACAACAAUGGACAAAUACAUCGGGACAUAAAGGCUGGUAAUGUGUUACUGGGAACAGAUGGUUCUGUUUACAUUGCAGAUUUUGGUGUUAGUGCAUGGCUUGCUACUGGGAAAGAUCUGUCUCGGGAUUCAGUACGGCAUACGUUUGUUGGAACUCCGUGUUGGAUGGCUCCUGAAGUAAUGGAACAGGUAACUGGUUAUGAUUUCAAAGCUGACAUUUGGAGUUUUGGCAUAACAGCAAUAGAACUGGCCACUGGUACAGCACCUUACCACAAGUUUCCCCCUAUGAAGGUUUUAAUGCUGACAUUACAGAACGACUCACCAACAUUAGACACUGGUGCACAAGAUAAAGACCAAUAUAAGAAUUAUAGCAAAGUUUUCCGAAAAAUGAUAAAUGAUUGUUUAAGGAAAGAUCCUGAAAAGAGGCCAACUGCUAAACAACUCCUGAAACAUGAAUUCUUCAAAAAGGCAAAGGAUAAAGCCUAUUUAGCCAAGUUGGCAGAAUCAUGUAAUGUAAAAUCCCAGAAGGUGAAGCGAGUGCCUGGAUCUAGCGGUCGGUUACACAAGACAGAGGAUGGCGCUUGGGAGUGGUCUGAUGAUGAAAUGGACGUGAACUCUGAGGAGGGUCAGGCAGCAUUUACAUCUCACAGGUCCCCUCGAGUGCUGAAUAACGUUGAGAAAGAAGGGGAUGCAUCGCAGCCCUCAACGUCAGAGGCCUCUGAUCCUGCACGAACCACAACAACAUCUGCUUCUUCAUCAGCUUCCCCUGCAGUGACAUCUAACACCAAUGACACUCAGGUGCCCAAUAACACUAGUCCAAGCGAAACUACCAGUUCUGACACCCCACAGACCAUGCCCCGGUCACAGCAGUCUCCGCAACCAUUGAUGGAAGAUGCUAAAGUUCCUGCACCAUCUUCAGGUACUGUGCCGCCACAGGCUGACACUGCCACAACCAGUAAACAGCUAAGUGCUGCUUCUUCAGCUGCAUCAACAACACCAAUGCCAUCAACGGAAUCACCGAUGUCAACUAAUAGCGCACCUGAAAAUUCAAAGGAUCAGGAAGCAGCUGUAUCGCCGUCACCAGCGACAUCAUCAUUGCCCCAAGCUUCAUCAGCUAUCCCUUCUACAGGUCAACUCCCCAAUGAGCACUCUUCUUUGCUGACAACUGUGACUGAUAUGGCAGCAGGCAACCAAAAUCUAGAUAAAAAUGCUGGCGCUCUGACUACUACUAAUACUACUGUUACUGCUACGUCUCAUACUACUGGCGCUGCUACCACUGGCAUCUCCUCAGAUGACAGUGUUGCGGCUAAUGCAACCAGUCAAAGCACUCCUUCCUCUGCAGUUAAACAGUUACCCCACUCUGGAUUACCAGCCGGGGAAACUUCAUCGCAGAAACCAGUAGAGGUACCAAUUGGACUGGUCUUGCGAUUAAGAAAUGAGAAAAGAGUUCUAAAUGACAUCAAAUUUGAUUUUACGCCAGGACAAGAUACAUCAGAUAGUGUCUCCAGAGAACUAGUUGAAGCUGGUCUUGUUGAUGGUCGUGAUUUAAUUGUUGUUGCUGCUAAUUUGCAGAAAGUGUUGGAUAACCCGACUGAAAAUAAAAACAUUACUUUUGCUUUGAAUUCCGGAUUCGGACCCACUGAAGCACCUGAUGAUAAAUCCCUGGUAGGAUUUGCGCAAUUGACAAUAAACGACUUAGCGGGCAACAGCUCCCUCUAACCCUGGCUUCUGAUUUAGGAAUUCUGUGAUAAUCUGUUUUAACUUAAAAAUUAUUCUCUAACUAUAUAAGGGAGAAAGAAACAAAGAGAUUGGGUUUGGGGCGGGGAUAGGGAGGUUGGUGUUAUUGUAUUGAAUAAAUUUAGAUUUUUAAAGCACAACAGAUAUGUGUACAAACACACACACACACACACACUUGAGACACGUACACAAACACUCAUACACACAUGCAUACACACACACACACACACACACACACACACACACACACACACAUUUGAGACAUGCACAAGCACUCAUAUAUAUACACACACACACAACUUUAAUACAGAUAUGAGACUGGAAUAAAUUUAAUAAUUUAAAAAAUAAUAAAACUUCAAGUUUAAAGCAAAUAACUGUAACAUUAUCAAAAACAGCAAUAAUAUGGAAAAAUAAUGAUGAUGAUGAUUAUGAAAAAAUGAUGAUUAAUAACAAUUUUGAUGAUGAUUAUAAUAAAGAAAUGAUAAUUAUAGUACAAUGACUUAUUAUGUAAGCCAUAUUUAAUUGGUCUGUUAAUAUGAUGUCAAUGAUGAUGAUGAUGAUAAUGGCCAAAGCUGGAAGUUAAAUAUUGUAGCUACCUAGUUAAAUAAGUUCUGCAGUUGGGACAAUGUGUGUUUGUGUUUGAUGCUUAGAAAACUACUACUACUACUACUACUACUGCUGUUGCUGCUCCUAAUAAUAAUAAUAAUAAUAAUUUAGACAUAUGGCCUGCAAUUUUGAGGAAAGAGCUAACUUAUUACCAUUGAUUCCAGGCAGAAAAGAAACUGUUACAUAGAUUGAAAUGAAGUAAUGAGAAGCAAGCACUGCAUGCAAGUGAGCAAAUCCAUUCAUAGGCAUUUUCAUUCACAUAAUGUGUGUAUGUGUGCAUGCGUGUGUGUACUGCAUGAGACAAACAGAUUACACAGCCCAAAUCACAGCUUAAUUGGUUAAUAAAACAUACACGUUUGCAAGAUUGAAAUUAAUGAAAUUACAUUAAACAGUGUUGACUGAUAAUUGUUUGUUUGCUUGUUUGUUAUAAAUGCUGCAGGGUGAGUGCAGUGGUGGUGGUUUAUUUAAAAUUCUCAAGGAAGAAGAAUUUGGUUGUGUGUUCCAUCUUCUGCACCAGGUAUUCCUAGGAGGGUUUUGAGAGUAAAGUCUUCAGGCACCUCCUCCACAGGGUCCUAUCAGAAGUGACUGUCAUUAGAUUUUCUGGCUGGAUUACCAUGCAUGACCAACUGAAACCAUGGAUACUAUCUAUUGCAGAGAUGUGACCUGACCUGUGAGAGACUCCCUAAUCUCUGUUUUAUGUAUCCUGUCAAGUAACCUUAUUUCAGAUAUCUUUUGAAGGAGCCCCAUGUGUUGUCUAGUCAAAAUUAGUUGAAUAAAAACCUUAAAAAGAAAAAAACUUAAUUGAAAAGAGUGAAGUAAAUUUAUCUUCCUGAUUCAUACUCAAAUUCUUCCUUGGGUGUUUUUAAUGUCUUCUUCUUUUCUCUCUCUGUACAUGAUAGACAACGACAAUCUACACUGCUUAGAGUCGUUUCAUUAGUUUCAAUCCCACCGAUGAGUAUAAUCAGUUGAUCAAAUAUCGCUACAGCUAGGAGUAUGUAAUCUGUUUAUCUCAAAUUUACAUAUACAAGACUGGACACACUCCUAAUGUAGAUUUCUAUUGAAUACUUUUGCCUGUUUGUACUACACUAUGUGCAUGUGUGGAUGUAUAUGUGAGUGUGUCUAUUACACACACACAUGUGCAUGGCAUUUACACAGUGUGUUCGAGUCCUUAUUUUAAAGAAGAUUUAAGAACAACAAUUGAACAUUUACUGAUGGGGGACUCAAUACUGAAAGUAGAGUCAAAUUUAUAAAAUUCAUCUUGAGUAGAUCUCUUUAAAUUUUCAUCUGACUGGUUGCAUAAGCAUUCAAGUGAAAUUUGAUGUUCCUGGUCAAAACGAAUUUACAAUAUAUAUAUAUAUAUAUAUAUAUAUACACACACACACACACAUACACAUACACACACACACACAUAUACAUAAGCUGUAGCAAAGAGAGUGAAUUGUAACUUUGGCAGUUCCUAUGAUGAUUGCAAGGCCACUAAAGGUAUUUGUGUGACUGGGAGUACUAUGUAUAACAACUGUAAUGAUAUCCACAGUGAAUGUUUGAUUGUGGUGGUACCCAGACCAUAUAGUGGUAGUGUAUGACUGUAAGAAGAGCAUCCAUCUGUUAGAACUAAUUGCUUCAACUAAUACAACCAGUCUGUCAUGAGAAAACUUAUGUAUAUCACACACAUACAAACAUCUUGUCGAAUGGUACAAUGUAACAUUAGUUUGGUCUGGUUACUUCUUCCUUUUUCUCAAACAAUUUAGAAGUUUGAUUCUCAUCUAGCAUGUUUACUUUCACACUCCUCUUUGUUUUUUCUUUGUAAUCCUUAAUUAUAUUUGACCCAAGCAUUUAAUUUCUAUUAAUUUUGUUAAUAUUGUUAAAAUACAAUCACCAAUCCCAGCAUUUUAAGUUUAGGUAAUAGAUGUUCAGCAAAAGAGUAUGUGAAACUGAAUUUGAAGAGACAAGGGUGUUGUUAGCUAUACACUUUUCAUAGUUUAGAUUAUAUACACUUAACUAGGUAUGUCUAGAUACAUGCUCUGAUUUUUAUAUUUAAUUUUUAAAGCAGUAAUGGUACUUAUUAUUCUGAGUCACCAAUUUGUUUUUGUACUAAAAACCAGUUUCACUGUGUCAAGGUAUUUCUGUGUUAAGCCAUUGUAUCUUUUUUAAGACUGUAAUAAUAUCUAUGAUUCACUGAAAAACUACCCUCUAAUAAACAAACACAGACACACUACUUACAAAUGACAUACGUAUUAUAAAGUAAUUUUUAAUUUCUAAAAAGAAAAGGAAAGAAAAGAAAUAUGGAAAAUAAAAAUGAAAUAUAAAAUUAAAAAUUAAAAAAUCACCAAAAGAAAAGAGGAAAGCUGAAAUGAAAUUUGCUAUCUGAAGCUGUUUGUUUCUGUUAUAUAUCUAAUCAAGAAAGUCACGAUUUUAGAAAACAUAUUCAGUCACAUUACUAUAUCCCUUGCUAAUUUUGCCAUGCAUCACAUUAAUAUCUGGUGCUAACAAUGUCUCAAUCUGUUAUUCAAUGCCAAAGUUUUGCAUUGUUCUAGCUCUGGUUUUCUCAUACUCUUUGAGGGAAACUCAGAGUAAUGACAACAUGAAGCUUUAAAUUCAAAUGAAGAAACAAACUUUCUACUUUAUGUAUUAAAUACUUUUGUUUUCUUUCUCCCAUUUGUAUACUAGAAUGGCCUCUAUAUAUAUAAUGAUAAUGUGGAGAGUAAUACACAGUUGCUCUCUUGGAAACUUUGCCAAAACUAAAGGAAGAUGUAGAUGAUAAUUCUUAUGGAAAGCAAACCUGCUUUGAACAAAAUAAAACUACUGAUUAAAAAAAAAAGAAAGCAAAAUAUACAUGGA